GGGGCUUCCGAGACUGCGCAGUGAGUGCGUCGGCGACGACCCUCCGGCCGGAGCAGGAAGGGGCGACGCUGAGAUGGGGGCCGCGGCUGCGGAAGCCGAUCGCACGCUCUUUGUGGGCAACCUGGAGACGAAGGUGACGGAGGAGCUCCUGUUCGAGCUUUUCCACCAGGCGGGACCAGUAAUAAAAGUGAAAAUUCCGAAAGAUAAGGAUGGGAAACCAAAGCAGUUUGCAUUUGUGAAUUUCAAACAUGAAGUAUCUGUUCCGUAUGCAAUGAAUCUACUUAAUGGAAUCAAACUUUUUGGAAGGCCUAUCAAAAUUCAGUUUAGAUCGGGAAGUAGCCAUGCAUCACAGGAUGUCAGUAUGUCUUAUUCCCAACAUCAUGUUGGAAAUUCAAGCCCUACCUCCACAUCUCCCAGCAGAUAUGAAAGAACUGUGGAUAACAUGACUCCAUCAGCACAGAUAAUUCAGAGAUCUUUCUCAUCUCCAGAGAAUUUUCAGAGGCAAGCAGUGAUGAACAGUCUUUUGAGGCAGAUGUCAUAUGGUGGGAAGUUUGGUUCUCCACAUCUGGAUCAAUCAGGAUUCUCCCCAUCAGUUCAGUCACAUAAUCAUACAUUUAACCAGUCCCCAAGCUCUCAGUGGCGCCAAGACACACCAUCAUCCCAGCGCAAAGUCAGACAGAAUUCUCAUCCCUAUGUAGGGGAUAGACAUUAUGGCCGUGAACGUUAUUCUGAUCAUGGGUCUGACCAUCAUUACAGAGGAGGCAGAGAUGAUUUCUUCUAUGAAGAUAGGAAUCAUGAUGGCUGGAGCCAUGAUGAUAAUAGGAGAGACAGUAGUAGAGAUGGAAAAUGGCGCUCCUCUCGACACUAACAUCUGUGAAAAGGACAUUUGUGGAGGGUCAUUCUAGCCCCUGUUGGCUAAGUUGGCCUGGAAAUGUUUUGAAAAACUGUACAGAGCAAUUUUUCAAAUUUGCCACGUUUCUUUAUACAUAAAGAAAAAUCUUACAGCUAAGUAUAAUACAGAAAUGAGAAGAUUUGUGGUUCCACUUUUACUAUAUGAAUAACCUUUCACCUCAGGGCUUUAUGAAGUGGAAAAGGUUUUAUGCAAAGGAAACUGCUACAAUUGCUAAGCAUUUUAAACAAUUGAAGAAGUGAUAUAUUGUAUGAAUUGGUUGUAUUAUAAAGCAAAUAUUUUAAUUGUUAUCUUUUGUAUUGCAAGAAAUUUGGUAGUCAGAUUUUGGUGUACAUAAUAGAAAACAUUCAAGUUGUUAAGUCACAAUUGACUGUCAGUAUUUUGUUAAUAAGUGAGCAAAUGUAUUUUCAGUGAUUCAUUUAGUGACAUUUUAUUUAUGAAAAUUUAGUAAAAGCUGGGAGUAAAACAUGUUUAAUUUAGAAAAUUAAUUGUAAGUUGUGUGACAUACUCUUGAGUUUUAUCCUAUUGAAGAUACAAAUACAAGUCUGCACAUGCCGUUUCAUGCUGACAUUUUUAAAUUUGUUCAUUAAAUCAUGUUUGAUGUAAGAAUGAAGUCACUCAGGAAGUUAAAUAUCUCUAAAUGUAUUUUUUUACAUUAAAAACAGUGUAACUGCCCCCUUUUCAGGAAGAACAAAAUUCAUAGAUAAAACAAUAAAAUGUUUUACUGAAAGUAUACCUUUUGUGGGAAAAAGAUUCUUGAUUUAGGUAAAAAGUUCUUGAAGCUGUUGAGUGUUGCCUUUGUUAUUCAAACUUUAAAAGUUUUUACAUUUUCUAAGUGCCCGGAACUUGUGUAUAAGGACACAUUUUACUACGGAGAUUGUAUAAAUUGCUUUUUUGUUUAAUCUUUUGAAAGAAUUAAAACUUUCUGAUUUACUUUUA